GUCAAAACUAAAAAAAAAUAAUUCCCAGUUCCCCAGCUUUUUGAUGUUUGGAGCUGGUAGUAAUUUGUGAUUUGUAUUCCAUUUUUAUCCAUCCAUUGACCCCGUUGAAAUAAACGGUACUUAAAUAAGGGCUGGAGUCAAAAAUAAUGGUGAAAUAACACUUAAAAUCAAGAAAAUGAUGAUUUCAUAAUUGAAAACCAUCAAUACAUGAGGCAGGUAUAAGGCACUUUCCUAGUUGCCAUUGACCAUAUUAGGCUUUGGGAAUUUGCAGCAAAAAUGGAUUCAAUUAAUAUUGUUUGUCCUGUGUGCACUCUAUAUCUAAGACCAGGAAUAACUCUAAAGGAGCAUUUGACUUCACACCCUAAACAAAAAGUGAUUGAAGCAUUAGUCAAACUAGCAAGUGUAGAUGAGCCACCUAAAAGUCAAAAUGUCACAUCUACCUCAAGUUUUUCACCACCAUUGAGUUCUGCUGGCACUAGUACUAGUCAGGUAAAUUCAACAGUUGCCAACCCAUCAUGGAACCAGUCUACACCAGUUCAACUUGGGCCACCUUCACAUAUGAACUCAUUACAUGGCAAUCAUGUGUUUAUUUAUCAACAAAGCAUGAGUACAUCUGCUCCGCAGGGUAAUGUUUUACAGGUUAAUCCUAUGUCACAACAGUAUGUGUACCACCCUGCUGUUUUUAGUCCUCAGAUGAUGCCUUAUAUGUAUCAACAGCAGCAGGUAAUUUUAGCUAGCAACUCAGUACAUCCCCAAAUUAGAGCAUUGCCUUUUGAAUUAUCCGAUAGUGAAGCUACAGAUGUGCCUGAAGUAGCCACUAUUGAAAAUAACAAUGAAAGUCAAAAACAAACCCCCACUGAAAUUGAAAAAGACACGAUCGAAAAUGGGGUAUUUUCAUCCGAAAGACAGGCUGAGGAAUCACCGAAUAAAACUAUAACAAAGAAGGAAUUGGAUAGUCUUCAUCAUGAACAUGAAAUAAAAACCAUGGAGGAUUUUGAGCAAGAACAGACUCAAGUAAAUGAAAUCCCUCCUGAAGAAUAUCAUGAUAGUGCAGAUGAAAAUGAUUUAGAUAUCACAGAGAGGGAAGAACUUGUAGCAUCUCCUUAUUCAGAACAUGCAGAUUGGAAAGAUGACUCUGAACUAAGUAAAGCAUGUCAAACUCAACAGGCAAGUACUCAUUCCCCAACUUCACCAGUUAUAGCAAGGGAACAUCUAGUAGAAAAUGAGAACCAAUUUGCAAAUGUAGAUCAGCCUGAAUACUUUUACUUAGAUCCUCAAAGUGGGCAUUACACUGAGAACUUUCAAGAACAAGAAAACAAUGAAACUCCACCUUAUAGUGUACACAAAAAAACUGACAAUUAUGAACAGUCUGAGCCAAUAUAUACAUCGGCCAAUAUAUUGCAUGGUAAUGAUCAUUUAGAUUUUAUGAAUUUAGAUGAUAUUGUUAUUAUAGGCGAAUUUAAUUCAAAUCCAGUUGCAUCACAGGUUGAACAUUUUGAAAAUACAUUACAUGAUAGACCUCGAGUUCUUAUGACUAUUGGGGAAAUUCCUGACCAUCAAAAGAUUGACUGCCUUGAAUCAAGAGAUUUUGAAGAAAGCAUGUCCAGAAGUAGUUCUCAUGUUAAUAUAAGAUCUGAUGAAAGAAUGCCUGCACGUGGUGAACUAUCUGGCCAAGAAAGUUUAGGUGGUAAUAGUGAUAUCUCGAAUUGGAAUAGACUACAUUAUCAAGAAGGUGGUUCUUAUGAAAUAAUUGAACAUGAAUCUUGGCAAGCUUCAGAUAGUGAAAGUAUUGACACACCUUCAAUGAAAAGGCAGAAUUCUACUCAAGUAUCUUGUGAACAAAAUGGUUACGAUGACAAUGACUUGCCUACUAUAAUAGGAUAUUCUGGACCACCUCUUAACUUUAAAUGUUCUACAUGUGGAGAAGACUUUGCCAGUUCUAAAGAUAGAAAAGAACAUGAAUUAGAAAAUCAUCCAGAAAAAUCAAAAUGUACCAUAAUUGGAAGUGAAAUUGGCAAAAAAAAUGUAAAAAAACUUGUAAUAAGGGCAAAAUCUGAGAGCACUAAAACUGAACCCAAUUUUGAUAACAUCUUUACAAAUAAAUUAAAACUGGAAAGUCAAGGUGAAGUAGUAACAGGGGAGUCUGCAUCUUUAGAAACUCCUGUUAAAACAGAUGAACCUCCAGUAGAGCUUGCAGAUAUUAAAACAAUAUGUCCCAUUUGUGAAUGUGUUCUAGAAAAUGCCAAAUGUUUGAAACAACAUAAACUUGAAAUGCACAAAGAAACGGCUACAGUCAAGCAUAAGUGUUUAACAUGUGGAGAGGUCUUUCCGAAUGAAUAUAAAUACACAGAUCAUUUAAAGGUUCAUCCUUUGGAGUGCAGGCUUUGUGGAAAAUUAUUCUAUAGGAAGCAGAACAUCAGGUUGCAUAUGAAGAGACACUUAGGUUUGAAACCUUAUAAAUGCGAGAUAUGUGAAAAGUCAUUUGUUACUAGACAGAAACAUGAUGAGCACAAAAAUAUUCAUACAGGUGAUGCUCCAAUAAAAUGUAACUUAUGUAAUGAAAAAUUUAGAAGACAUUCCAACUUGAUUCAACACAGAAACCGCCAUCAUUUCCAAUUAAAGAAAAAAAUCAAAGAUUACAUUUGCCAAUGCGGGGAGAUCUUCCAUUCAAAGAAAAAAUUAGCCUGGCACAAAGAAAUUCAUGAUUCCAAACCUAAAGCUUGCAGCCAGUGCAGUGAAAAAUUUCUUCAUAUGUCAAGUUUAACUAGACACAUGCGUAGGGCUCACAACGAAAAUUUCCUUCCAGAAGAAACUCGUCAAAAUGAAAAUGUUGAGUGUCCAAUAUGUAAGGGUACUUAUUUAAAAUCAUCAUUGGAAGUUCACAUAAAAACCCACAGUGGCACUAGGCCCUAUGCUUGUUUAAUGUGCAAUAAAGACUUUACAACAAAGUGGAAUCUAAAACAACAUAAAUGGACACAUGCUAGUAGAACAUCAAAGCCUUUUAAAUGCGAUUUGUGUAAAGCAGCUUUUAUACGCGAGUCUGAUUUUACCGCACAUGUAAAUUCACAUAAGAGUGUUCGCCCUUACACUUGCAAUCAUUGUGGGGCGCAAUUUAUAAGAAAGUACAAUUGCCUUCGGCAUGUGAAAGAACAUGAAAACAGUAAGACUUUUAAUUGCAAAGUGUGUGGGAAGAAAUUCCACAGGUCUUAUUACCUUAAAGACCAUAUGCGAGUUCAUACUGGCGUAAGACCCUAUACCUGUCACAUUUGUGGUAAAACUUCGACCACUAAGUCAAAUCAUAAUAAACAUGUACAAAUUCAUCAUGCCAGAGAACCAGAGCGUGCCGAGAGUCUUGGGGGCCCACUCGCAUGAUUUUUCUUGGGGCCCCCACACAGACUAAAAAAUAAGUAAACAGAAAAUAUGGCUCGUUGGAGAAUAAAUGAAAUGAUUUUACGUUAGAAAAAACCAAUGCGUCCGAUGGUUGCAAAAAUGCGAAAUCUGUAACAUUUUUUACUGACAUAAGUAGAAAAAUAUAUUUUGUGAGAAUACCCUGAUUAAUUUGGGAGCCUCCGAAUAACCGGGGACCCUCCCGCACCGCGGUCCCUGCGGGCACGUCAAUAAAAAAAAUGUAUUAAAGACCAUAACAGAAAAUAUGGCUCGUUGGAGUAUAAAUUAAAUGAUUUUACAUUAAAAAAACAAUGCAUCCGAUGAUUGCAAAAAUUGCGAAAUCUGUAACAUUUUUUACUGACAUGUGAAAAAUGUAUAUUGUGUGAGGAUACCCUGAUUAAUCGGUCCCUGCGGGUCCGUCAGGGACGCCACUGGUUUUUUGAAACUAGCAAGUAAGUUGGAAUAUGUUAUUUAUUUACUAAUUUUUUAACUAAAUCUUGUGGAAAAGUUUGAUAUUAUCCUUGUAAGAUAAAUUAAAAAUAUGUAUUAACAAAAUUUGUAGGGUUGUUUGAGGGCCACAUUUUAAAAUUACAUAGAGGUAUACAGAGUCUUGAGUCACCCUGUUUACUAAUAAGCAUAGAAUAAAAAUAUUACUAAAAAAAAGUAAUACUUGAUAUUACAAAACUCGUGUAGGUGAAAAAACUAUUUUUCCACAGUAUGCAAUUGACUACAGCGAGUUUAGUUUUGAUUUACUUACAAUUUUCAUAUAAAAAUCCCAAUAUCUUUUAGAGUACUUACCUUAUAUAACCUAGGGAAACCAUAUAUUAAAAGAAUAGAAAAAAUAAGAGUAAUCUUAAUCUAAAUUGAUAAACUGGCGUUCUGGUUAAAAAAAAAACAUGUUUGGUUCGUACCUGAUUCAUGCAACACCCGUAUAUCUAUGUAAUUAUAAAAUAUGGCCCUCAAGUCACCCUAUACAUUUUGUUAAUACAUGUUUUUAAUAUCUUUUAUAACAAGGAGGCUAUCAAACUUUUCCACAAGAUUGCUACGCCCUGCAUAAAAUGAUUUUCCAUAAAAAAUGGAUUAUUAACGAUUUCCCUAUUAAAAAGAAUAAUGUAAAAUUAAAUUUACUUCACGUGAAUAUCUACAAAAUGGGCUGAUUUAAGGUGUCAAAGAGAAACUACAUACAGUUUACUGUUUCAUAGUUAAAUGUCAUAUAUUAACUGUUAAUAAUGGACACCCAGGCGAUUUCCAAUGAUCUAUGGUCUUUAACCGAAAUUUAUUUAUUACCUAGUCAUACCUUUGAAAUCACUAUGUAAUCUUUUGCAUUUUUGUUUGGCGAGUUAUCUUUCAAUAAAUGCUAGUAUUGUAACCAAAAUUAAAAUUUCAGCACACAGAACUCACAUAAUUGUUAUGCAAUUCUUAGAUUGUCGUCCUUAUACACGAUGUCACAAGGAUGGCUUAAACAAAUGUUUCUAAAGUAGGCCUUGAAAAAAGUGUCACGGACAUUACUACUUGUCUUGUGGUUUAGCAAAGCAAAAAGAAUCGAGUAUUUUUUAAAUGUGACUUUGUGAGGGCUUUACUUUUUAUUGUCAAUGUUAUAGAUGGACUGAAGCUAUAGAAUGCUCAAAUAAAAUUACAAGAUAGCUAGAUUGGAUUCUAUUAUAAUCAACAAAAUUAAGUAGUAAUGAGAUUACAAUUGAAUUAAGUUUUAAAUUUCGUAUUGAUAUUUAAUUGCAUUUUGCAGUUGUAAUUUGGUUUUGCGGAUUUAAUAUAUUAAUGCAAGGUUGCAGUUUAUGCUUAAUACAUUUCCUAGAUAAUAUAAUUCGAGAUAAUAAUAGUCCCUUUAUUUUUACAUAAACUUAAAUAUGUAAAAGUUAGAUUCGUACCUUAAGUUGUAAAAAAAAUGUCCAGAGUCUUAAGAAAAAAGAUUAGCAAAAACGAUAAAGUAAGGUAACUGCACCAAUAAUUGACACUAUUAGACGCUGAUUUGUAUUAAAUACUUAAUUAUUUUCACCAAUAACAAAAAAAUUUAAGCAUAUAAUACGAUUUUUUCUUGUAGUUUAUAGUUUCUUGAGUUCAUUAGUUAUGUAUUUUUAGUUCUAAUAAUUUUGCUUUUCAUGAAAUAAAUAUUAUAAAAAAGUGUUUUGAAGUACCAGUCAUUGACACUUGAUUUUUUCCAUGUACCAGUAAUUGACACACCAAUUAUUGACACAAGGAACAUUUUUUUAUUAUACUUUUAAUUUUGAAUACACUAAGUAAAUAAAAAUAAACAGCAAAUUCAUAACACAAAAAAUGAAAAUUUAUGGGUGCUUUAGGCUUCAAAAAUAUCAAUAUUUUUUGAAAAUACAUAUUUUAUUCUGUCGCCGACAUUGUGUAGUUCCGGUUGGGAUAACUUUUUUAUGAUAUCCUCUAUCUUGAUUGUUGAAAUAUCACUAUCAACAAGUUUGAAGGUAUUCGUUUCAUUUGUUGAUUUAAGGGAUAUAACUUCAAUAUCGUUUCGGGAAUAUUUUUUCUGAACCACACAGAUAUAGUAGUCUAUUCUGUAUCAUGCAGUUGCUAGCUAGCAAGUGGCUCAGACCAAGGUCAGUCGUUAUGUUACCACUUUGAAAAAAUCGGAAUUCUCUAAAGUAAAAUCUAUAACAACUAGUGGUUAUAAAAGUGGAUUUCGAGUGACUUAGAAGCAGUCAAAUAUUUUUG